GUUGUGAGUCAGCGGUCGCUUUUACUCGUUUUUCUUAAGACGAUUUUGGAUAAACUGUGUAAGAUGUUGUUAAGGCAAUGGAAAAUUCGUGCUGUAGAACAAAACUCGUUGUAUAGGAAAAAGCCAGUAGCAGCCGAUGAUGAGCAUAGAUAAACGUUCACUUCGAAGGACGCUGAUAAAACAAGCACCUACCCAGCUGCUACCGCAAGGGUACAAUCAGUCAUGUGUACUAACUGGAACAUAUGCAAAAAGGAAGUUGUUCACGCCUUGGGCCUAUGGAACGCAGUGUGCGUGUACGUUGCCUUUUUACGUAUCAUGCAAACAAAGCUUCGGAAGACUUUAUGUAGAAAAAGCACGAUUACUACUAUACCUAUUCGUCUACAUGAAUGUCGUAUACUGUUCUAGAAGAACGAAGACUCGUGAUUCGCCUGUGAGAGUAUUAUGCCGUAGUGUAUUUUAACCCAGUGUCCACAUUCAUCUAGAUGAGUGUUAUGUUUGGGCAAUUCCCGCCGUUAUCUGUAAACAACGCAGCGGCGACGAAACUUUCUGCUUGCAAAUGUUACUCUCAGUAAAACCCUAUAAACCAGUUAGAUCUUGUAUUGUCGCCGGGUUUUUGUGAAAAUUAGGGCUAAAUACUGUUCGUCCGACAUUGGAGGCGCCCGAAAAGGGCUGCGAGUAAGACUUUAACGCUGUGGGGGACCAAGAUAUGUAUGUUCACACAGUUACACUACUGACUAAUGCUCGAGGCUACACGUGCGCCGUUUCACCAGUUCUGGCAAACUCGAUCGGCCAAUCUUAUAUAAUAAAUCCGAUAAGCAUCACUGCUAUACUGCACUAUCCCAGUUGUGUUCUGUUGUUAAAUCGACAUUUGCCGCCGAUCGUUCUGCCCUCCUCAUGUCAAGUUACGUUCUAUAAUAGGCAUUAUAAUUGCAAUGAUACGCAUAUCGUACACUCACUGUCAUUGCCCGAAGCUGCCACGACUCGUCCCGAUUCAGUGAGCUCUGAUAACCUGUCACGUGACUGCGAAACUAGUGGCCAAACAUCUACAGUGCGCCGUCUCAUCAUUAGCGGUGGUUCCGCUGCAAAGGCGACUAACGAGCAGCACCUUUAUCGGCCUGAUCGUUUGGUUCGAUCGAAGAUUGAUAUUGGUGACUCACCACCUCCGGUCUCCACUACCGAGUCACCUCAAAGCCCUCCUUCCAGUUGCAGCGCAUCACAAGUUUAUUCCACUUCAUCAGUGGAAAGCCCCCGAGAUGUCGUUUCCAAGGACGUUAGAGGGCUAGUCCCAACUGCUCACCAACAAUCUCUAGCGGCCGCUGGGAUCCAUCCUAUUCUUGUUCAAAGACGUCGAGCAUCGUCUAAGGCAAAGAAGUUACAGACGCCGGCUAUUUCAAAUGCUAUUAGCUGCGAUACGAACAACUUCACGACCGUCAUCAACCAUCUGCCUCGGCUUUCUCGGACGCUGCAGUUCCGUUUAUCGCAGAACAUAACAAGAAUAAUCAGUUGCAGUCCAGGUACCCAGGGCCGUGGUUCGUACAAGAAGCCCAAGACGCGGAAUCGACAGAAGAAGCUUCGACAUUUAGCUUACCGCGCCCGCUCAAAAAAGGCAUUGACUAAGGGCGCUAAAAAUACAAGGCUGUGUAACAAGAGAAGUAAACAAAGAGCCUUAAACGAUGUAGGGACCUUGGAUAGCUUGGCACCACGCAGAGAAGGAAAAUUAACGGUCGGUCCUAAUGCCAUUUCUCGAACUGGCCCUAAAAGCCAUCACUCGAAGUAUCCUAAGAGUGAUAAAAUCGAAGAAAAACAGACGGCUUCAAUAGAGCGCGAGAGGGAAAAACAAAAUGAAUCUUUUACAGACGGCGUAAAUCAACCGCAGCAGCAGGACAGUAACGAACAGCCAGAGUCCGCUAAGGGCAACAAAAGCAAUAAGCGGAGAAGAGAUACCCACCAAUAUACACGAGGGCAUUCUAAAAGUCGAACAUCACAUCCUGCCCAAUAUGACUGUGUGAACCUAAAUCAAUGUCUUGUUUUUUAAUCGAUCAUUCAUCAGGUGUCAGCGGGCGGUCGGUUAAUCUAGGGUCCUUUUAAGCCAGGGUAAAUGCUCGAGAGAGGUUCGCUGUAGCUAAGCAUUGCAUUGACGUUUUUCUUUAGGGUUUGUACGGAAAAGAUAUGCGACAUCAAGACAUCGAAGUGCUCCUAACUCCCUACGCCCUAUGCAUCUUUAUUUUGAAAAUGGGUAAACGGGGGUCAUAGCUUACCGAACUUGGGGACGUGUUAGAGGACAGUGAGUUUCGCUACGGUCUGGCUGCUAUCAACAAUGCAACUACCGGCCGAUACAAGUAGCGAAACUCAGAACAAUGCGCUAAAUAAUGAAAAUAUAGGAAAAGAAUGCAUAGAAAAGAGACCAGAGCAAAAUAAGAUACCAUAUUAUUGACAGGUGAGCAAAAUUUCAUGCUAUAGUAAAU